UAUCGAUUCAUCCGCGAGUUUGCCGAUCCGAUCAGUGCGAGUGCACCUCAGGUGUACUACUCGGGGUAUGCAUUCACACCGAAAGGAACAACGAUCUACAAGACAUAUGCUGCCCAGCUCGAGGACAAGAUCCCGUUUUCGGUGACUGUCGGCGUAUCGCCCGUCUGGGAUAUGAGGGAAAUCAUCUUCCCUGGACCACAGCAAGAUCGUAUUUUUGCCUAUUCGUCUAACCUAAAGUGGGUUGUCACCAGCUCAAACGACACCAUCAAACUGUGGGAUAUGACGACAGGCGAGCUGAAACAGAUCCUCCAAGGAAAUCCAGAACAACUGAGAUGCGUGUCCAUCUCGCCAGACGGGAGCUGGAUCGCCUCUGGCUUGGUUGACUCUACGAUCAAGGUGUGGGAUACCGCCACUGGACGAAUAACGCAAUCCCUCAGGGGCCAUAACGGUGCACUCAGUGCUGUGAUCGUGACAUCCGAUGGUCGGUACAUCAUCUCCCAGGAUGAUCAUAAUGGCAGCAUAGUCUGGAUGAAGCGCAACAACGACUUUGUUCAAGUGUCUUUCACCAACCCUCCAUUUGAUUCGCGACUAUCGAAGCGCAUCUCUCGCGGGUGGAAGCACACGGAUAUGCGCCACUAUGCCGGAGAUAUCGAGUUCAACUAUGCGCCUGGAUGGAUUCGCCAGGGCAAAUAUAUCAUAAGCACUCCAAAACAACUCGUAUUUCGGAGUCUUGCCCCAGAAAUCAGUGCGUUCACACCCUCUGGUGGUCUGAUCAUCUGGAAAAAAUUUCAAUUGCCAACAAUGGUCAUCGAGUUCAACUUUGAUGAAAUCACAGCGCCGCAGCACACCAAAAUCAAACCAAAGAGAGCUAUCAGCUUUUGGUAACAUCCAAACCUGACCUUCAGCCCAAGCCUCCACGAGAUUGAUCCAUCAGUGCGCUUCAUAUAGGAGCGUUUCGAAUAUAAAUAUGUACUGCGGAUGAGUUCAGAUCCGCGAU